CAAUUUCCUAUAUUACACCUUUUGUAUUAUUUCAAAAAAAAAAAUGAUUGAAUAACAAAUUACCCACACACAAUAUCUUGAUUUUUGCAAGCAUUCAUAUCAACAUCAUUCAUCAAAAUAAAAUAGAUUGCGACCAUGAAAGAAGCCCAUUAAAAACCAAAGAGAAUUUUUAAGUGAUUUCCAAACGAAGACGUAAUUCGUGAAUUUAAUCAUUACACCAUUAUAAUUGUAAAUUCUAUAUAGGUACACUCUGUAUUACAUGCAUGCAAUUGCAGCUGGUAGUUAAAAUUAAUCAGUGGCUGCAUCCCGUACCAGAGGAGGACAUUGACAUACAUUCCGGAUAAUGAGCCAAUUAAUUAUUAAUAACUAAUUUUUAUCUUUAUAGAAUCCGCCAGCUUGGAAAAACAAAGGUACGAUGGAUGGUUUAAUAAUUUAGCACACCCGGAAUGGGGAUCUGUUGGCAAUCAUUUGAUUCGUCGAGCCCCACCAGCUUACGCCGAUGGAGUCUACAUGUUGUCGGGUCAAGACAGACCCAGUCCCAGGAAGUUGAGCAGACUUUUUAUGAAAGGGAUCGACGGGCUGGGAUCGGUGCUCAAUAGGACGGCACUGUUGGCUUUUUUUGGUCAAUUAGUCACAUCCGAGGUUGUUAUGGCAAGCGAAAGCGGUUGCCCAAUCGAAAUGCAUCACAUUGACAUCGAAAAAUGUGACGAAAUGUACGAUAAAGACUGCAAAGGUGACAAAUAUAUUCCCUUUCAUCGAGCCAUGUACGACAGAGACACUGGCCAAAGCCCUAACAGCCCCAGAGAACAAGUGAAUCGAGUCAGUAGCUGGAUAGAUGGCAGCUUCAUUUACAGCACAAGCGAACCUUGGAUCAGCGCGAUGAGAUCUUUUGAAAAUGGCAGUUUCCUAACUGAUACUACUGGCAAAAUGCCUAUAAGAAACUACAAAAAAAUACCCCUUUUUAACAAUCCAGCACCUCACAUGAUGAAAAUGCUUAGCACUGAAAGAUUAUUCUUACUAGGUGAUCCACGUACAAACCAAAACCCAGCACUUUUAACCCUUGGCAUACUGUUCUUCAGAUGGCAUAACGUGAUAGCUGCUAGGCUUCAGAAGAACAAUCCAAAGUGGAGCGACGAAGAUGUUUUCCAGAAAGCCCGCCGCAUAGUCGUCGCAACGCUGCAAAACAUCAUCGUGUAUGAAUAUUUGCCAGCGUUCCUAGGCGAAUCUUUGCCAGAUUACCAAGGCUACGAGCGAAACGUUCAUCCGGGUAUCACGCACGUUUUUCAGAGUGCUGCUUUUCGGUUUGGACAUUCGUUGAUCCCUCCAGGUCUCUAUCGUAGAGAUGCCAAGUGCAACUUUAAGAAAACUCCUCUGGGGCAUUUGGCGUUGAGACUGUGUUCGACUUGGUGGGACUCAAAUGAUGUUCUUACAAAUAAUUCUUUAGAAGAGCUUUUAAUGGGUAUGACAUCACAGUUAGCGGAAAGAGAAGAUGCUUUUUUGUGUUCUGAUGUCAGAGAUAAAUUAUUUGGUCCGAUGGAGUUUUCUAGAAGAGAUUUGGGUGCUUUGAAUAUUAUGAGAGGGAGAGAUAAUGGCCUACCUGAUUAUAACACUGUUCGUGUCUUUUAUGGUCUUAAACGACGUGCGAAUUGGACAGACAUCAAUCCGAAAUUGUUCCAAGAAAAACCAGAACUACUUCGGACUUUAGUGUCAGCUUAUACAAACAACAUUGACAAUGUUGAUGUUUAUGUAGGAGGAAUGUUGGAAAGUUACGGCCAACCUGGCGAACUAUUUAAAGUGGUCAUCAAAGAACAAUUUGCCAGAUUACGAGACUCCGAUAGGUUCUGGUUUGAGAACGAAGCCAGCGGCAUUUUUACAAAACAAGAAAUCGAGGAGUUGCGCAAAAUCACCUUGUGGGAUAUCAUAGUGAAUAGUACUAGCGUUGAACCCGGAGCUAUACAGAAAAAUGUAUUUUUUUGGAAUAAAGGAGAUCCCUGCAUGCAACCGAUGCAGCUCAAUGUAUCGGAAAUGGAGCCUUGUAAAAUGAUCACUGGAUAUGACUAUUUUGAGGGUAACGAGUUGGUCUACAUCUACGCGUGCGUUUUCCUCGGUUUCGUCCCGAUAGUAUGUGCCGGUGCCGGUUACGGCGUCGUCAAACUACAGAAUCGUCGUCGUAGACGCCUGAAAAUGAAACAAGAAGAACUGAAAUCGAAGCCCGUCGACGCAAUGAUGGUGCAUGAGUGGUUGCACGCCAACCACAAACGUUUGGUGAAAAUCAAAUUCGGCCCGGACGCCGUUAUCAAUUUGAUUGGCCGAAAAGGGGAGAAUUUGAGAAGUGCCAGUUUCAAACAUUACGACUCUGUGUUGGUGGAAGAGUCUCUGGAUGUGACUAUAGUGAAGAAACCAAUGAUUUUAAUCCAGGUGCCUAGAGAUCACGAUUUGGUGCUGGAAUUUGAUAGCGUUGGCAGCAAGAAGAAGUUUUUGACCAAGUUGGAGAUGUUUUUGACUUCAAAUAAAAAGAGUUUGUUGCAGACUCAAGUAGUCAGAGAGUUGAUGCUGGCAAAAGCUGAAACUAAACAACGUAGAGAAAAAAAAUUGGAACAUUUUUUCAGAGAAGCUUAUGCUUUGACAUUUGGCUUAAAACCUGGCGAAAGAAGACGUGGCAGUGAUGAUUCUACAGAUGGAGAAGUAGUUACAGUUAUGCGUACAUCUUUAACAAAAUCCGAAUUCGCUAGUGCUUUAGGCAUGAAAACUGAUGCAGUUUUUGUAACAAAAAUGUUCAACAUUGUCGAUAAAGACGGAGACGGACGCAUAUCCUUCCAAGAAUUCUUGGACACUGUAGUAUUAUUUUCCAGAGGCAAAACCGAUGAUAAAUUACGCAUUAUUUUCGACAUGUGCGACAACGACAGAAACGGAGUAAUAGAUAAAGAAGAAUUCUCAGAAAUGCUACGAAGUCUUGUGGAGAUUGCCAGAACAACAAGCCUAUCAGACGAUCAUGUGACUGAACUUAUAGAUGGCAUGUUUCAGGAUGCUGGUUUGCAACACAAAGACUAUUUAACCUAUCAAGAUUUUAAGGAAAUGAUGCGCGAAUAUAAGGGCGAUUUUGUAGCUAUAGGCUUGGACUGUAAGGGGGCCAAGCAAAACUUCCUGGAUACUUCGACUAAUGUGGCUAGGAUGACUAGUUUUCAUAUAGAACCAACCAUUGACAUGGAAAAAUCUUAUGUCAGAAUUAAGUGGGACAGUCUUACAACAUUUUUGGAAGAGAAUAGGCAAAAUAUAUUUUAUUUGUUUAUUUUUUAUGUGGUUACUAUUGCCCUAUUUGUGGAAAGAUUUAUACAUUAUUCUUUCAUGGCUGAACACACUGAUUUACGUCACAUAAUGGGCGUUGGAAUAGCUAUAACCAGAGGAUCAGCAGCAUCACUAUCCUUUUGCUACUCAAUUCUAUUAUUGACAAUGUCCAGAAACCUCAUCACCAAACUAAAAGAAUUCUCCAUACAACAAUACAUACCUUUAGACGCCAAUAUUCAAUUUCAUAAAAUAGCCGCUUGCACUGGCUUGUUUUUCUCAUUAUUACACACUGUAGGCCAUAUAGUUAAUUUCUAUCACGUGUCCACCCAGCCAGUAGAAAACCUUAAAUGUCUGACAAACGAAAUCAGAUUUCCAUCAGAUUAUAAGCCAGGCAUCAGUUUCUGGUUGUUCCAAACAAUAACCGGAGUUACUGGAGUGCUGUUGUUUGUUAUAAUGUGCAUCAUCAUAGUCUUUGCUCAUCCGACUAUCAGAAAAAAAGCCUACAAAUUCUUUUGGUUUACUCACAGCCUCUAUGUUUUACUUUACGCUCUAUGUCUCAUUCACGGGUUGGCGCGUUUAACGGGAGCCCCAAGAUUUUGGCUCUAUUUUAUAGGACCAGGCAUCAUUUUUACUUUAGAUAAAGUUGUAAGCAUGCGCACAAGAUAUAUUCCUUUGGACGUGUUGGAAACUGAACUAUUACCUUCGGAUGUGAUUAGGAUUAAGUUUUACAGGCCACCGAAUCUUAAAUAUUUGUCUGGUCAAUGGGUGAGGUUGGCUUGUACAGGAUUCAAGGAUCGAGAAUUUCAUUCGUUUACUUUAACUUCGGCACCGCACGAGAAUUUUUUGUCUUGUCACAUUAAGGCACAAGGUCCUUGGACUUGGAAAUUGCGUAACUAUUUCGAUCCGUGCAAUUACAACUUAGAAGAUAAUCCAAAAAUCCUUAUUGAAGGUCCUUUUGGAGGUGGUAAUCAGGAUUGGUAUAAAUUCGAAGUUGCUGUUAUGGUGGGAGGUGGUAUAGGUGUGACACCUUAUGCCUCUAUUUUAAACGAUUUGGUUUUUGGUACUUCUACAAAUAGGUAUUCUGGAGUUGCUUGCAAAAAAGUCUAUUUUCUAUGGAUUUGUCCUUCGCAUAAACAUUUCGAGUGGUUUAUUGAUGUACUAAGAGAUGUGGAACGAAAAGAUGUCACCAAUGUGCUCGAGAUUCAUAUUUUUAUUACCCAGUUUUUCCAUAAAUUUGAUUUGAGGACAACUAUGUUGUAUAUUUGCGAAAAUCAUUUCCAGAGAUUAUCUAAAACGUCUAUAUUUACUGGUUUGAAGGCGGUUAAUCAUUUUGGUAGGCCGGAUAUGACGUCGUUUUUGAAGUUCGUGCAAAAAAGACACAGUUAUGUUAGUAAAAUUGGGGUGUUUAGUUGUGGUCCUAGACCGCUCACGAAAAGCGUAAUGUCGGCUUGCGAUGAAGUGAAUAUGGGCAGAAAAUUGCCCUAUUUUAUUCAUCACUUUGAAAACUUUGGAUAAUUGUUCAAAAAUACUUAAAUUUUUUGUGAUUUAUUUGUUGUAAUUUUUCUUGCAAGUAUUUAAACUUAUUUAUUAUUAAUAGUUUAUUUUUUUAUAAUAAUUUUAUUUAUUUUUUACCAAUAAAACAACUGUGCUAUUUCCAAUAAAAUCCUUGACUAUGAUUUAUUACCUAAUAAUGAAAUAAUAUAAAAAAAAUACAUAAAUUAAACUAUAUGUAAAAAUCAGUACAAAGAAAAUUGUCAUGACAUGGAAAUUAGUACAUAAUUCAAAUGGGCCAGCAAAUCUAUGUUAUUCGAUUAAAUCUUUGGUAUUUUCGAUUAAAAGUAAUUUUUUUGAAUUUUAUUUACUAGUACCAGGCUCACUCAAAGAUUUGUUGACAUUCUCUUGCCCAGAGUCCUUCUUAAAACUCUCAUAAAGAUCCGAAACUGCAGCUGAUACCUGAUAAACUCUAGUGUAAACACCUUGAAGUUCCAAGUCUUGAUUCGAAAUUAUAUAACAUUCUAAAAAAUUAUUACUUAAACCCAUUCAAAUCUACAAAAUAAUUCUUACCUGGUUUGUUGUGCACCAACUUCCGACAAUAAAUAUUCAUAAUUGACAAAACAUCGUUGCCUCUUUCACACAAUUCUUCAUUUUCCCUUAUGAAAACGUCUAUGUUGCAUUUGUAGAACAAAAUAACCGAAGUCCAUUUUUCGUUAUCAAUCAGCAUACAUAAAUUGUCUACUAGAUUGUCAGAUGUUACAAUUCCACUGACAGAGGGAGAUACUCCACCAUCGGCUUCCAUAUCUUCCAAAGCUCUUGUUAUUGCGGAACGGAUUGUGUGCAUUUCAGGACUCACAUCGCGGAACUGUUAAGAGAUAAUUUGAGUACUAAAAGUUAUACAAAGCUUAAGCUUACUUCUCCAUUUUUUAAGCUUCCAUGUAAAGAAAAUAUCAUUUUAUUGCCAGCUUCAACUAACAAAAUUAAUUGAAAAUACAACUUGUAGAGGGCCUUGCCUAAAUCCACCAAAUACUGUUCGUGUUGGAAAUCUGCCUGUUGUCCGCUGAGUAAUUCUAAUUUUAAAGUCGUUUUGACGGCAUCACAGUACUAAAAAAUAAUUCGAAUAUUUCAAAAAACAAACCAAAAUCCUCACCAUCAUUGCUUGAUCUCUUUUAUCACAGAAAGUUUCCAAAUGUUCCUGCACUUCUAAAAUACCAUAUUUGAGAUUUUCAUAGAAUCUAGAAUUACUUAGAGCCAUUGUAUUGAACCAUAUCACAUUUACGGGCAGAAUUCUAUUUUUAAAAAAAAUAGUUUAGUAAACUUUUCAUUAUAUUAUAAAAAAAUUCUUGCCUAUAAUUGACUAUAUCUAUCAUCGAAUUCAGUCUAGCAGUUAAAAGCUUAAUAGUCCCUUGACUACUUAUAGUAGACUGACACAUAUUUACACAAGAUUCUUUAGUAAUUUCUAUUGUCGAAUGGCAAAUGUCCUAAAAGUAAUUCCAAUAAACAAAAACGGUUUUGCAAAUAUUUUUGCUUACAGUAACCAGCCUUUGAAGCUGAUGGAAAAAUUGCAAACAAUUAGCGGGAGUCGAUACAUUAUUAGCUUCAACAAAAGCGUUCCAACAUUCCAAAACGUCGCUUUUUGGUAUUCUUAUACCUGGUAAAUUGGGUGAGGCAUUGCACGGUGUUACUUCGCCCAAAUCACCUGCACUAGAACCACUAACAAACAAUUUUUAGAAAUUAAUUUCAAUCAAACAUUAAACCAACCUUGUAUCAGAUCUAGCACUAGAAUUGGCUUGUGGUUCUCUUAAACCUAAAGAAGACGGAGGAAAAAUAGCGCUACUUUCAGCGUUGCUAUUAUCAAAAUCAGGAGCGAUUGCUAUUUCGUCUAAAGGAGAUUCAGAUUCAAUUUCGUCAUCAGAAGAUUCUUCAGCAACAAGGCGCUAGAAAAUAAUUUUAUAAUGAAAAAUCUAAUAGCAAUUAUUUUUGCUAACAGUCAAACAAAGCGGAAAUGUAAUGAUAUGAAUAACAAAAUACAAACAAAACAGUAUGAACAAUGCUGGACGCAGACUCACAUCAUGGUUAAAGGGGCACACGUGUACCUUUCUAACAGUCAGCACAGGCGUUUUCUCACUAAGACUAUCCUCCAAUUUGACACCGCCUUGUUCUUCCUCACCUUGACUGAAUUGGUGUCUGCGGACGCCCCAAUUGAAAUUAUCUGUGCUUUCACCCUAUAAAAAAAAAAUAUACAUAUAAUUCCAAACAAAAAUAACAAAUACCCUUACUUCAAUGCUUUCACUCUCAUAUUCCAAGAAAUCAAAGUCCUUAAAAACACCAAACUCCGCAGCUGCAUCAUCACGUCUAGAUCCACCGCUCAUAUCGUUAUUUCCUGCAGAAACUUCUUCAGUACUAGAAGCCAUGCUCGAUUGUCUUUCAAUCAAAUCAGACGUUUGGCUGAAAAUUACUGAAGGGCUCUUUGGCAAGCCCACUCUUUGACCGCAAGUAGUUAGCAAAUUAACUAGGCACUCUCUCACUCGCCCUUGGCACAUCCAAGGCCUUUUCCAGCCACUUUGGCUACUAACAUCUGCAGGACUAAUAGAGCAAGACCUCCUAGGAGUAACAGAGGCUUUCGCCUUAUCAACAUCCUCAUUUUUAUGUAUAAAUCGCCUGCCAAUAACAGGCGUUUGUGAUAAGUCAAAAGUAAACUCCAUCGUACGACCUGGCAAUUCUUUUUUGGCAAACACGCUGUCUUCGGAAAAUGUAACCGGGUGUGGUACUGAUUGAAAAUGAGUUUCCCAAUGGCUGGUUAAUGAUGUAGGAGGUGCUACUAGAGAACUCGAUCUACUGACUACUAGUUUUAAGAUUUUCAAGGCCUCCUUCCAAUGAGGGCCUUCAAUAUACUUGAUAAUAAUUCUCAAUAAGUCUGCAUUGAUUGGCUGUGCUGCGGGCGUUGCUAAAUCUACAUAAUGCAACUCGCAAUGGAUUAUAUUUAAAAUAGGCAGCUGCAAACUACUUUGUCCCUUUUCUAGAAUUUCUACUAGAAACGAUAAUAAAUGAAGCCCCAAAUGAGAGUAAGUAUCGUGGAGAUAUUUAAUCACACAUUUAGUCCAUUGGAAGCUUUCCUUACUAAAAUUACGACGGCUAUAAAGGUUCAUUACAGUACCUAAAUUCUCUAGUUUUUUGCUUUUUUCAAUACUAACUUGUGCAAUAUUUUCAGCAGCUCUUAUACACAACUCAUUAGCAUCUUCAUAGUUAAGCAACAUAUACGGCAACAAAGCAAUAACGUUCAUAGGAAAAGCAAUGCUUUGUGAAGCAUCAACCACAACAAAAUUCAAUAAAGGAGUGAAUUGUGACAAAAGCUCUACAGUCGGUUCAUAAAUAUUUGGAUGGGUGCAACCUUUUAAGAGAAGAGCGUGCACUCCAGGAAAACUGUUCCAACGCAAUUGUUGCUGCAAUUUUUCAACUUUAUCUCUAGCAUCUGGUCUAUCGAGAGGCAAUCUAUGCAUGACCCUAGUCAAAAGUUGAACUGCCAAAGAAAAUUCGUGCUCAUAAUCUGACUCUAGCAACGAGACAGCUAACCAAAACAGUUGAGCCAAUAUUGUAAGCUUGUCAUCUUGUGUAGCUGAAUCUCCUAACAUUUUCAAACUUUGCGCCGAUCUAGAUCUAGACAAAUUAGAUGAAAAUUUAGCCUUAUUGUUUUGCUCCAUAUCGUUUGUAAUGUUUCUGUUUCGCUUUUCAUCACCGCCUGGGGCACUUUUUCUAAAACCAUAAGACACCGAGUAACUAGUACUUCUGGCAUGACCGACCGAAAUUGAAUGAUUCAAAAUUGGAGUGGCAUGGUCCGGGUUCUUUUUGAAAACGCUCGCGUCUUUGUUGUUCAAAUUCGGAGUGGAUUUGAAGAUUUCUUUGGUAAGAUCUAGUGGGCGAAAAUCGGAUUCCAACGAAUCGACUGCUGCUUCAAGAGUAAGCAACAGCUCAGUUACAUAGCCUAAUUGAAUAAAUUAUUUAAAAACAUUAUUAAUUAUUCACGACACUAGAAUUUUUACCUUGCAUGUCCUCGCCUUGUUCAGCCACAGUUUCCACUAACCUGCUCAAUAUAUCAGAUAGCAUUCUUGAUGUUAUUGGUACUCGUAAGGCUCUAAAUAUUUGCAAAGAUCGCCCAGCGUAGUGUCUUGAAGAACAGCUUAAGCCUAAUUGUAAGGCAGUUUGUGCCCAUCUUUCGUUUAUAUGGGCAUUUGGCAAUGAAUCUCUAAAGACUCUUAGAAUAUAUUGCAAGAAAAUAUCAAUUUGCUCUGCACUUUUUAUUGUAAAAACUUUAGCGGUUAUAUCUUCGUAGUUCCAUAAAGGCGUUUGCUUGGUAGCUAGAAAAUCUAUUAGGGAUUUUAUGACUGUGGGUGUGGUUAGGUGUAAUUUGAUUGGUAGUGGUGGUUGUUCAGUGUUUUCUGGUAAUACUAUUAGAGGAGGGAGAGAAUUAUUGUCUUUUUCUUCGUUGGAAUCUUCAUCUUUUGACGAAAUACUUUGCAGAUUCUUGUUGGUUGCUUCAACGGCCAUACUCAAUACCACUUGGUUGUAGAGGAAUUCG